AUGAAGAUGGCGUCGGCCCUGCUGCUGCUGCUGAGCGCGCUCCUGGGCGCCCGCGCCGCGCCUGCCCCGCGCCUCUCCUGCUACAAGAGGGCCCUAGGAGGCCACGGCUGCCACAGCAUCCCCCAAGCCGUGGCCACCCUUCGACCAGUCGACCAGAGCCUGCAGGAUCACUUUUGGGAAGGGAAGGGCUGCGACACCAUCUGCUACUGCAGCCUCAGGGAGUUGCUCUGCUGCCCCAAAAAUAUUUUCUUUGGACCAAAGAUAUCUUUUGUGAUCCCCUGCAACAGUCAGUCACUGACGUCAAGCCCCCCGUGA